AUGAAAGCAUUACCUCAAAUAAUUGUAAGAAUAUGCCCAUUUAUUGCAUUGUUGUACAGUAUAGUUGUUAUUGUCUUAACAACAUAUAUUAAUGAGAAAAUUACACCAGUUUUCAUAUUUUUUUGUGUUCAAGUAUAUUUGAAUUGGUAUUCGGUAUAUGCUAUAAGUCACAAUGCAACAACUGUAGAAGUUAGGCCAAUGGGAAAGAAAUUAUUAGUAUACCAUAAGGUAGCAAAUAAUACAGAUUAUAAAUAUUGGUAUUGUGAAAAAUGUAAUAAUUACACAUGCAAACCAACACAACAUUGUAUCUUUUGCAAAAAGUGUUUCCAUUUUCGAGAUCACCAUUGUUUUUUCUUAGGUACUUGUAUACUAAGACAAAAUAUAGGUAAUUUCAUUUUAUUUUGUUUUUACACAUCAUUAACAUGCAUAUACUCAUUAUGUAUUCUUGGGCCAUAUUUAUAUGAGAAUAUCAAUCAUGUAAUGAAAGCAGACACUUUCAAUAUAUUUUUAAACUUCUGUUUUCCUAUUGCUCUUGUCAGAUUGUUGCAUUCUAGAGAAAACACUUACAUAUUACUAGUGACAGUGUUUGACAUAUUGGUUUCUAUUUUGUGUAUUUGUCUAGUAUAUGCAACAUGGAAACUGCAUAGUUGUAUGACAGGUAAGCAACGGUAUGCUAACAUAUCUGGGAAGCAAAAUUUGAAAGAAAUUUUUGGUAGUUAUGGUCUUUCAAACAUUAUUUUCCCAUACAAUGGUCUUAUAGGAACUAGAGAUCUUCACGGAAAAUAUGAAUUAAAGCAAGUUUAG